CUCCGGGGGCUGGUGCAAUCAGCCGCCUAAGGGCCACAGUCACAAGCUGAUUAACUCAGGUUUACAUCAUCCCGACCCCAGCGGGAACCCCUAACCCGGCGCCUUCCACACACUCGCGGCCCUAGUGGUGGCGGCUCAGCUCACGUCUAGCUGCUGGGGCCGAAGCAGAGCUCCACCGGGACCCCGAGCUCAGCCUAGACUCUACCAACAUCCUCUUGACGCCCCCUACACACACAUCUGGGGUGUCCAGGAGACUCGGAGUCGGCGCGACCCCAAGAUCCCAGCGCACGCGAGGGCAAGAUGCGAGCCACCCCCCUGGCUAAUGCUGCAGGUGUCCCCUCCAGGAAGAAGCGUUUGGAGUUGGAUGAUGACCUAGCCACAGAGUGUCCCAGCCGGAAACAAGCUCGAAGUGGGCCCCACGCCAGACUGCCUCCCACUCUGUUAUCACUGAGCCCACCUCCUACUCCAGUCUAUGCCCCACCUGUGACCACCUCCUCCCGACUUGGGCCCUAUAUCCUCCUGGAGCCUGAGGACGGUGGCCGAGCCUACCGAGCCCUGCAUGGCACCACAGGCAUUGAGUACACCUGCAAGGUAUACCCGGUCUGCGAGGCCCUGGCGGUGCUGGAGCCCUACUUGAAACUGCCCUGCCACAGGCAUGUGGCACGACCAGUGGAGGUGCUGGCGGGCACCCAGCACCUAUACACCUUUUUUCCGAGGCCUCACGGAGACAUGCACAGCCUGGUGCGCAGUCGCCGCCACUUGCCUGAGCCCGAGGCUGCAGCACUCUUCCGCCAAAUGGCCGCCACCCUGGCGCAUUGUCACCAACACGGUCUGGUGCUGCGAGACCUCAAGCUGCGUCGCUUUGUCUUCACUGACAGUGAGAGGACAAAGCUGGUGCUGGAGAACCUGGAAGAUGCCUGUGUGUUGACUGGCCCAGAUGACUCUUUGUGGGACAAACAUGCAUGCCCAGCCUAUGUAGGACCUGAAAUCCUCAGCUCCCGGGCAUCCUACUCAGGCAAGGCAGCUGAUGUGUGGAGCCUGGGUGUGGCACUCUUCACCAUGCUAGCCGGCCACUAUCCCUUCCAGGAUUCAGAGCCUGUCCUGCUCUUUGGCAAAAUCCGCCGUGGGGCCUUUGCUCUACCUGAAGGCCUCUCAGCCUCUGCAAGAUGCCUGGUUCGCUGCCUUCUUCGCCGGGAGCCGACUGAGAGGCUCACGGCUGCGGGCAUCCUACUGCACCCCUGGCUGCGGGAGAACCUUGCCCCUUCAGUCCCACCUCCAUCUCAUCUCUGGGAAGCUGAUCAGGUGGUUCCCAAUGGGCCAGGACUAGAAGAAGUUGAAGAAGAAGAAAGAGAAGUGGGUCUCUAUGGCUAGGGUCACCCUAUUAGACUCAGCUGCAAACAGUGGGUUAUGUUUGGGGGUGUCUCCAGGCUUUCUCCUGCCUCUUUAAACAGAGCCAAACCUCAAGUGCCUUCUGGGAGGGAAGAAAGAAGAGGCACGAGCAUAGAAUGAUGUAUGUACACCUGUGUUGUUCCACACAUCUGUGCACAUAGGCUUGUGCUUUCAACACUGGAAGCUUAUGUGACAAGCCCUAUUCUAGUUGUUGGGAACAUAGCAGUGAACAAAAGAGGUGAUGCUGCUCACUGAGUUGACAAGCUGAUGUUCUCCAGCCAGCAACACCUUCACACACUCACAGGUCUGUGUCUACACUGAGCUUCUUAAUAUGAGCCACAGCAUCUACUUGUGCUGGUGCUCGGGUACCUCUGACAUGACCAAUUGCCUUUUAAUCUUAUACCUUUUCAGAGAAAGGAAAGCAUCCCCGUGCCAAAGACUCCAGGCCUCUCCCUGCAACUCAGGACUCUUAGAACUCAGACUAUGCUGGGACUUGUCCUUUUAGUCAAGGGAUUCACCAUGCAGGCCUGAAUCAAUGUUUUUGAGCUGGAAGAACUGAGCGCAUACUCUGAGGCUGGACUUCCUCUAACUCAAGUAAAUGGUUGGAGUAAAUGUCCUGUCAUAUCCACCUCUACAACUCUUGACUUAAACUCCAGAAUUGGGGAACUGGAGGUUUAGGCUUCCUAAAAGACCUAGCUCUGUUCUGGGACCCCACAUCAACACAAUAAAUUUUGGAUACCAUGAGUAUAUAUUUUUACUUUGUACAUAAUU